CCCUGUCAACAAAUAACAAGUGAUACUCCAUCAUUUUUAUCCCGAAUUUCUGCAGCGAAACUUUUUGUUUGAAUUUUGAGAGUCGAUGGACGGCUGUUACGAAGAAGAGAGAAGAAGGAAAGUCAGAGGGAUGCUCUCAUACAGCGUAGAAGGCAAUGAGGAAUGGAGCAGGAUACUGUUUGAAAAACUGUGGCCAACAAUGGUGUUCAUCGGAGUUCUGAUUGCCGUGGGUGUCCCAGGUAACCUGCUCGUCUUCUGUGUUUACCUGAAGCGUUUUCGUCCCAGUGCCGCCAGAGUGUUCAUCCUCGCCAUGGCCGUGUGUGACUUCCUGACCAAUGUCAUCAGUCUGCCUUUGAUGAUUUUUCACCUGAAAUACUUUUUCAACUCUGUAGAUAACCCAACCUGCAAAUUCAUGCAUGUUUCGUGGAGAUUCACAACAGUCAUGUCCACCGGGUUGCUGGUGUGUGUGGCCAUUGACCGUCAUCGUCGCAUCUGUUUUCCUUUCAAGCAACAGAUCACACACCGACAAGCAAUACUCAUACUACCGUUCGUGGUGACAAUAACUGUAAUGCUUCUUUCUCCCUUUGUAGUGUUUUUCGGUAAGAUGCAUUGGGACAACUCAUCUGUGAUUUGCUUUAUUGAGGACCAGUAUGUUGAGUCGCCAUGGGUAGGACGAACUACAAUGUUUCUGAUAGCAUAUGUUGCUCUAUUAGUGAUCAUACUCAUGAUCUGCUACACCCACAUCGUUUGCAGAGUUCAACGAUUGAAGAUGAACAGGCAGAGAAUAUGUAAAAACCAGCCAAAUAAAGAUGAUCAACACUCGAAGUUUUCUUCUGAUUAUAACAAGCCGCAAGAAGCUUUGGAUUCCCAGAACAUCAGUUCUCAUUCAGAUGCGAAUAAGGAUAGCUUCAGUGUCAUUUCUAGUCCAGAAACAUCAUCAGAGGAAACCUCCACGCAGACGACACAAGAAAGUCUCAAAACUGUUUUAAAUGAGCAACUGUUACUUGAAAUUCCAACUGCUUCAACACCAGCAAUAGAGACAACAGUUACAUUACAAAUGUCAGAUAAUUUGAUCAUGAAAAAUACCACCAGUCCCCAUCAAAGAGACGAUUUGACUUCAGAAAACCUCCCAACCUUAAGAGAUACAGAGCAAGAAAUGAAGGUUAAUGAGCAAAACAAGUUGGCAAAGAAGGACAGAGGGCGGAAACAAGGACGAUUUUCUAAAACCACACUGAUGAUGCUCGUCCUCACCUUGACAUCCAUUGUCCUCUUCAUUCCACACCUGAUUAUCGAGCUCUGGUUAGUGGGAUGUCUUUACAUCGAUUAUCCGUUUUUGAAGAUAAAUAGUUGCCAGGUGGCUGAUCUCUUCCCAUACCUCAGCAGUGUCAUCAAUCCCUUCAUCUACAGCUUCUGUAACCCAAAAUUUCGUCUCCAGUGUCGACUGUUUCUACGCGAUGUCUGUCAGCUGUGCUUUGCAAGGAAAUAAUUUGCAAUUUUGAGGAAUUAGUUUUG